GACAGUUGUUGAUGAAGAAUAUCCGGGUUCUCGUAUACUCAAUCGGCCCUACGAGAGAGAGAGAGAUCUCAUAGUCGUCACCAAGUGGUCGUUGGUGAGCUUCCUCACGUAUUUGCCGAAUGAAGAUACCCCAUGCAGAACACACACCUCGUGCAUGCACACGCAAUCCCUUUCCCAUAUAGUGAGAGGAAAACACGGAGUUACCUCCAGCCUCCAGCCUCCACAUUCCCUUGAGAGAGGGCCUCGAGAGCACAUAUUCGUGCCACGACACAGCGCCGAGUCCGGACCUCUAUGCCCCCCAAACACUCAUCUCGAUCGCAUACAGAUACAUGAUACACCACACUCACCAAGUCCACCUACAAACCUCCCCCAUAACCCUCGCCCAUUCCAGACCACGUCCUCUCGGAAGCACAUCCGCGUAGCAAAAAAAAAAAACAUGCCAGCUUGUCACCACGAACCAGACCCUCCCCUAAUAUCAACCAAUCCCAUCAGAUACCCCUAUCUUCGGAGAAUACUGACGCAUGCGUCUACAUUCUGCAUUGCAGCAAUCCCAAUUUCCUUUUCUUGUUUCUUCCUUUUUACCCCGCCAGACCGAUCGCAGUUCACGCGGAAGACGACAUGUCUUUAGAUAAUGCUACGAAAGUACUGGAUGCAUGGAAGGCUGGGUGCAUGCGUUUUUGAUCGUCCGGAGGGAGUGCAAGUGCUCUUUUGGGUUUGGUUCGGUUUGGCUGGAUAUGCCGCUACAGGGGGGAAGGGGAGCGAAGC